AUGUUUCUGGGACGGUGCGCGUAUGGGACUGUGUGGGGGAGGGCGCUACCAAAGGCAGCUGGCCGCAUAAACGACCUCUCCUGGGAUGGCGACUCCCAGCGCAUAAUCGCGGUCGGCGACGGCAAGGAACGCUUCGGCCACUGCAUAACCGCUGACAGCGGCAACAGUGUCGGCGAGAUAUCUGGGCACUCUUCUCAGAUUAAUUGCGUUCACAUCCGGCAGCAACGCCCCCUGCGCGCGGCGACCGGUAGCGAUGAUACCAGCCUCGUCUUCUACCACGGAGCACCGUUCAAAUUCAACACAAGUCUAAGAGGGCAGCACAACAAGUUUAUCUUCGGAACGGCUUUCAGUCCUGACGGCGCGAGUCUGGUCAGCGUCGGUAGUGACAGGAGAAUCUGGCUUUACGACGGCAAGACGGGCGAGGCCAGGACUCAAAUCGGCGAGGGUGUUCACACGGGCAGCAUAUUCGGCGUGUCCUGGGCCAAGGACUCGAAACGCUUCGUUACCGCCUCAGCGGACCAAACUGUUCGCAUCUGGGACGCCGAAGCUGGCAAAGCAGUCCAAACAUGGCGCAUGGGCGACGAGGGCGUGACCAGCAUAGCUCACCAGCAGGUUGGCGUCGUAUGGCCCUCCGGCCGCAGCGACGGGCUGGUCGUAAGCGUCGAUCUAGACGGCAACCUCAACUACCUCGUGGACGGGACACCGAAGCCAACUCGGGUUAUCCAAGGACACCAGAAAAAUAUCACAGCCGCAGGCCUCGUCAGCCGGUCUUCCACUCUCUUCACGGGCAGUUACGAAGGCCGCAUUUGCGCCUGGGACAUCUCUUCCGGUGCCGCCUCCACCGUUUCGGGAGACGCUCACACAAACUACGUCGCCGGCUUCUCCGCCUCUCCGGAUGAUGACAGUAUCUACAGUGUCGGCUGGGACGACACAUUGCGCUCUGCAUCCACAUCCAUAACGCCACCGUCCUACAGCUCAUCUCCCGUGUCGCUAUCCACCCAGCCUAAAGGUCUCGCCUGCGCAUCAGGCUUCAACGUGUUAGUGGCAUCAUCCGACGGAAUAACUGCCUACAAGAACAGUCUCAAAGCUUCCACCACGGACACAAAAUUCUCACCCACCGCCAUCGCCGCGCACGGCACCAUCGUGGCGGUGGGUGGCGACGACAGAAUCACCCACCUAUACACUCUGUCCGCGGACUCAAGUCUGUCGCCCACAGGCCCCGAAGACGGGCUUCGGCGCGCUACCGCUGCCAUUACGGCCCUGGCAUUCUCGUCCAAUGGCGCAUACUUGGCCGCUGGAACUGGCAAUGGCAAAAUUAUCGUCUACAGCACCAGUGACUGGAGUAUUGCCACCGAUCGCUGGUCGGCGCAUACGGCGAGGAUAACUAGCAUCGCCUGGGACCCUCUAUCCAAGCUCGCCGCGAGUGGCAGCCUAGAUACUAAUGUGUUUUUCUGGAGCUUGGAGAAUCCGGGGAAGAGGACGAAGGCUGGGAACGCGCAUAAGGAUGGAGUCACCGGUGUUGUUUGGGUAGAGGAGAACAAGGUGCUGUCAACGGGUGGCGAUGCUACCGUUAAAGCGUGGAAGGUCGAAGGCCUGGCAUGA